AUGGUCUCAACACUAGAGACCGUGUUGUCUAUUAUAUUCUUUAUCGAUGAACCACCGACUCAUCAUCGCGAUCUCUUUUUUCCUCCGUUAUUUCUUUUGAUCCAGUCUGCUGCUUUGGCUGCCGAGCAGGCCGGGAAUAGCGACCGGGCCUCUUCUCUAUUAAGCGCAUCAUUAAUGAUUGAGGAAGUGAUCCCCAAAAUCGAAGCAGGCCUGGAACCAUUUGAUGUAGAAACUGAUCUCCCGCCACCUCCUGAUGAGUUCGAAACUGAUGAACCGGAAACACCCCAGGCUCCUCCUGAGCAGGCAGUGAGUACUGUGUUGAUGAAUCAGUCCAAGAAAUGUAAAAUCCUGAAUGAUGUGACCUGUUGUUAUUAA